GUGGUUGUGCACAGUGAACUGCAAGACUACGACGGCUACGCUACGAGUUUCGCGACUCUAUUUUGCUGGUGCGUGGUGAAAAUUGUGGGCUGCCUUUUUCCGCACAUUUUUCAUUGUUACCGCUAGUGUUUUGUGGCCUGCUGGGUAGUGUUCUAAGCGGUGGUGCUCAUUUCCCAACCCGAAAAACCAGGAAAAGCUGCUUUUUUUCCCUGCAAUUGCUAGGAAUUCGACAUCCAGCGACGGUGACACAUACGGCAUACAAAAAUACAUCGAAGUGAAAAAGAGGAUUGCGAGAACGCGAAGAAGCAGAAAAAAGGUUCGAGGAAAGCAAAUUAAUGAAAAUAGUUUCAGCUAAAUAAGGAAGAAAUUUAUUAACUAGGUAUUGAGUGUAGAGUUUUUUGUUCAGUGAAUAUUGGCCAAGAUAUUGGCAUUUAUGUCUGCCGGUUUUUAUAACUAAAAUAAUAGUGACGUAGUUCACAGUGUACAGCAGUGUACAGUGUGGUUGAGCAAGUAUGACAUUGAAUAUCGCAAUACAAAAGUGAAACGUCAAGUUUUGUUAUCUGAACUUAAAUAAAAUAGUUUAUUGUUGUAAAUUCGAAGUGUAUUGUUAUAGUGAAUAUAUCUAAUAUUGCAAACGCAUAAACCAGUUGCAAGAAAAAAGGAAUGUCACUUUCGACUAACAUAGGAACAGCCUGAUAUAGUGCAGUUGGUUUUGGCAAAUUAUGAUUGUGCGAAUGAGACGAAUCAUCACUUGAAGCGACCAGAGCAGGACCAUUCUCUAGUGAGUCUUUGCGAGUGACAGUGUUUACACUGGGUCAGAAGGAAAACUGCAGCCAUCAUGCUGGCACCAGGAAUCCGAGUCGUACGUGGACCCAACUGGAUCUGGCAGAAUCAAGAUGGCGGUGAAGGACACGUCGGAACAUUGUGCGAAGUAGGUCGUUCCGGAUCGACACAUUCGCCGGAGAAAACCGUUGUAGUGAACUGGGACUCGGGUCACCGGACCAAUUACCGCGUUGGCUACCAGAAACAGUACGAUCUGAUUGUUGUGGAUAACGCUCAGAUCGGAGUUAAACAUCCGAAUAUCAUCUGCGACGGUUGCACCAAGCCGGGAAUCGCAGGUAUUAGAUUUCGCUGCGCGGAUUGUUCCAACUAUGACUUAUGUGCCACAUGCUACGGGAACGAUGUACACGAUCUAGAGCACUCGUUCAUUCGAUACCAGACGGCAAAUUCGGUCGGUGUCUGUGUUCCACCACGCAAGGAAGCUAUCAAGAUACAGUUGAGGGGUAUCUUCGUUGGAGCACGGGUUGUACGUGGGCCGGACUGGGAAUGGAAUAACCAGGACGGCGGACCAAACAAGACGGGUCGUGUUAUGGAAAUUCGUGGCUGGGACAACGAAUCGUGUCGAAGUGUAGCUAACGUAUCUUGGGCAUCAGGGUCAACAAACGUGUACCGGUUAGGACACAAAGGUAACGUGGAUCUGCGGUACGUACAACCUGCGUUUGGAGGAUACUAUUAUAAAGACCACAUGCCGGUCUUAGGUCAACCAGAAGAGCAGCAACCGGUGUCCCCGCCGGUUCGCUCGCAUUUCAAUGUCGGUGACAGAGUCCAGGUGGCCAUCCCGGAGGAAAGACUCAUGGCAUUGCAGCAGGGACACGGAGGUUGGAAUCCGCGGAUGGCCGAAUAUCUAGCGAAGAUUGGUAUUGUACAUAGAAUCACGGACAAGGGCGACAUACGAGUGCAGUACGAGGGUUGCGCAAAUCGGUGGACCUUUCACCCUGCGGCGCUGAUCAGGAUUUAUAGUUUUAAUGUAGGAGACAUUGUUACCUUCAUCACAGACGCGGCAAAGAUGCAGCAGUUGCAGAAAGGUCACGGCGAGUGGGUAGAAACCAUGCACAAUGUGCUAGGGAAAUCGGGUAAAGUGAUCAAAAUCUACGGAGAUGGUGACUUGCGAGUACAACAGUGUGACGAUGACUUAGCUUGGACAGUAAAUCCGAAAUGUGUUAAGUUGGAGCGGUCUCUUAUAUCACAGGCAACGGCAACGGAACGGUCAAACAGUAUGAUGGAUUUGAGCAACCAGCGCACGAAUGAGCAUCACAUGACGCCACUAUCCGGACUAUCUGGGACUUCGGCUGCAGAUCGUCUCGUGAGGGAAGCUGCCCAAGGAAACAUGGAUUUCGUGCAGAAUUAUCUCAGUGCCAAUUUGGAGGAAGUAGACUGCGUUAGCGGGGGCAAAACCUGCCUCCAAGUGGCCGCUCACCAAGGUCACGUAGAACUAGUUAAACAUCUUCUAUCGCUCGGUGCCAACGUCAAUGUGGUGGACAAGGAAGGCGAUUCGACUUUGCAUUAUGCGGCGUUCGGUAAUCAGCCGGAUGUAAUGCGAAUUCUGCUCCAGCAUAAUGCCAGCAUUGAUGUGUUGAACUCGUCACACUGUUCCGCGUUGCACAUCUCCGCUCACAAGAAGCCACCGUACUGUGUGAAGGUACUACUCGAGUUCGGGGCAAAUGUGAACGUGCAGGAUGCGUACGGAGAUACCGCGUUACACGAUGCGAUUGGGAAGGAAAACACCGAAGUCGUGGAGCUGUUGUGUAAUUGUUCAACACUGGAUCUAACGAUCAGGAAUAAACGAGGUUUCAAUGCUCUGCAUCAUGCGUCGUUGAAGGGAAAUAUUCACGCUGCCAGGCACAUUAUUCGAUUGGCGCGGCAGUUGGUUAAUGUACGGAAGGACGAUGGAUUUUCGGCACUCCAUUUGGCGGCAUUAAAUGGGCAUUCAAAAGUAGUGGAGGUUUUGGUGAAUGAAGGUCAGGCAGAUAUCAACAUUAGAAACAAUAGGAGACAGACACCAUUUUUGCUGGCAGUUUCGCAAGGGCAUACUGCGGCAAUCGAGAAACUGGUAGAGCUAAAAUGUAACAUUGCUGCGAAGGAUGAAGAUGGUGAUAAUGCGAUGCAUCUUUGUAUCAUAAAGAAAGCAAACCUGCUACAGGAAGUGUCGGCGUCAGAUUCACCUAAAAUUUUUGAAAUGUACAAAUCGCUUGCGCCACUUGUUACUGAAAAUCGGUUAAUGUAUGCGUUGUUGUGCUUUCUGGCAAAGGAAGGCUGCCCAGUGGAUAUAAAUUAUAAAGGGGCGCGAGUUUUGGAUUGGAUACCUAGUCAACAAAUAAAGGAUAUUAUUAUCGGAUAUGAGAGGAGUAGAAUCGCUAGAGAGAAAGCUGCUACGAGCGGUCCUCCAGCUACCGAUCGAUCAUUGAACAACUCUCGAGAAGAAGAAGAUGAAAUACCAGUGAGUCAAGUGCAGACUAAUUUGGAGGCGAUGUCUCUUGCUGGCAAUAAUUUAGACGAAAGUGAAGGUAAUAAUCUACAGCCUGAUGGAGCAGCAAGUCCAGGAACAAGUGGUAUGGGUCUAUCAAACCCGCCAACUCCGGCUCGCCGCAAUCGGGGGCAUAACCGUGAUGCUGCCAUUGCAACGCCGCCACCUGUUCCAAGCCACACACCGAAUGUAGUAGCAAAAGAUGAUGAUUCUAAACGAAUGAACAUCGAAGCGGCUGUGACCAGUGAACCGCAACUGUCUGGUCCCAGUGCGCCAUUAGAUAGUCCAGCACGUUUCCAAUCACCAAAUCGAGCCUUAUCGCCUCCAGCAACAGGGACCCCGGAUUCCGGCGGAAGUUCGACAAAGCAUAUCAGUCGGCGACAGUAUUCGGAUAAGAAUUCAACUGCUUCUCCGGUAACCGUUCCAUCCAGUAGUCCACCGGUGGUUAGUAGCAUCCCUCAGGAAUGUAUAGUUUGCAACGAACAGCUUUUAUUGAUCGUAUUCGAACCCUGCCAACAUCAAAUUUCCUGUGAAGAAUGUGGACUGAGAAUGAAAAAAUGUCUCUCCUGUGGUUUGUACAUUGAACGACGCUUGACUAUUGGCGGGAAACAAUUAUUCAAUCCAAAGGACACUCGCUUACCGUCCGCCGAUCGGUUGCGGUACCUCGAAAGCAAAAUUAUGGAAAUUGAAGAAACGCAUUGCUGUAGCAUCUGCAUGGAACGCCGCCGCAACGUGGCCUUCCUGUGCGGACACGGUGCCUGCUCGAAGUGUGCUGAAACGCUCAAGAUUUGUCAUAUGUGUCGGAAAACCAUCACGAAAAAAAUCAACCUUUAUUAAAUGAUACACUUUUCCCGCCAGCCCCCUUCAAGUUAGGUCACAAAGUUACCAAAAAAGAAAUUUAAAAGAUAUUUACCACAUUUUCUCCGUUCUGGAACUCUGUGCUUCAGUGUAGUCUUCGAGUCAAAGCCUCUUUUUUAUAUUAGAUAGUAUUGCCCAAACAAAUGUCUCCCUUUUCACUACAUAUGAACCAUUUUUUCCUUCUUGUAAAUAAGCCGAAUUACGGAACUAAUAAGUGUAUUUAUGUGCAUGUUCUUCCAAAUUGCUAUAACGAAAACAAAAAAGUGCAAGAUGUGACGGCAGUUCAGACGUAAAAGUUAAUUCGGUUUCGCUGAUAUUCGAGAAGCUGAAAAUAAGGCGAAAUACAACCGCAUUUUGUAUUUUAAAUGGUAA